AUGGAUCCCCACCUAGGAACCUUCCCCAUUCUCUCUUACGUCAUAUCUCGUCUCCCUUCCUUCAGCCGCAUCAAAUUGACCUUCAAAUUUCGUGUACUGCUAAAGCAAACAGUGGACAAGGUUUGCGAAAUAGUAAAGAAGCAGUUGGUUGUAGAGGGGUUUGGGACCUUUACUGGAUCCGAGGGCGAGACGUAUUGCGGGUCGUGGAGUUCUGACCGGAAGCAAGGGUACGGGCAGAAGCGUUACGCUAACGAGGACUUCUACGAGGGGUUGUGGAAGCGGAACGUGCAGGAGGGGGAGGGGAGGUACGUGUGGGUAAACGGUAACGAGUACUACGAGGAGUGGAGGAACAAGGUGAUUUGUGGGCGGGGUACGCUGAUUUGGGCCAAUGGGAAUCGGUACGAGGGGCAGUGGGAGAACGGGGUUCCUAAGGGUCAAGGGGUUUUCACUUGGCCCGAUGGGAGCUGCUAUGUUGGGUGCUGGAACAAAGACCUUAAGGUGCACCAGCUUGAUGGAACCUUUUACCGUGGGAUAAUCUCACUGUUACUAUGA